AAGCGGCAUCCAUGUUGCGGCAGCCCUGGUCUACCAGCGUACCACUAAAGUUCAAUCCAUUCGCGAAUUUCAACUCGUGCCGAAAGGUUUGUGCGAAAGCUGCAGCUGCGAGAGAAAGAGGAAGCCCACGCGGAAGUCGAGCAAUUACCGAGAAUUACUAAGAGAAAAAAAAAACAACUGUUAAUAUGCCCCAGCUACAGAAGCCCGCUCCCUCAUUCUCCGGCACCGCCGUCGUCAACGGCGUGUUCAAGGACAUCAAGCUGAGCGACUACAAGGGGAAGUACCUGGUGCUGUUCUUCUAUCCACUUGACUUCACCUUCGUGUGCCCCACCGAGAUUAUCGCAUUCUCGGAGAGCGCCGCCGAGUUCCGCAAGAUCAAUUGCGAGGUGAUCGGUUGCUCCACGGACAGCCAGUUCACCCACUUGGCCUGGAUCAACACGCCCAGGAAGCAGGGCGGUCUGGGCAGCAUGGACAUUCCCCUGCUGGCCGACAAGUCGAUGAAGGUGGCCCGCGACUACGGAGUGCUCGAUGAGGAGAGCGGCAUCCCCUUCCGCGGCCUGUUCAUCAUCGAUGACAAGCAGAACUUGCGCCAGAUCACCGUCAACGAUCUGCCCGUGGGUCGCAGUGUGGAGGAGACCCUGCGUCUCGUUCAGGCCUUCCAGUACACCGACAAGUACGGCGAGGUCUGCCCCGCCAACUGGAAGCCCGGCCAGAAGACCAUGGUGGCCGAUCCCACCAAGUCCAAGGAGUACUUCGAGACCACCUCCUAAAGAGGCUAUCUGUUCGCUGGACGGGGCUGCUCCUGGCGAGUGGGAGCGUAUUCGAAUCGCAACUCCCCGUCCGAAAACAAACACAUACAUUAUAUAUCCUACAUAUUAACCCUAGAGCGUAGAGAGAAGAAACUGUGAGGCAGCUUUCCCUGCAUCAGCCAGCCACCCAAAAAAAAAAGAGAAGGAGAAACACCUGCAGACGCUAAGCGGAAAGUGAUUAUUUUAUACUUUUUUUUUGUGCUUUGUAAUCCACCACAAUAAACGAUUGUACGGAAGAGAA